GCCGGGUCAUAUAUUUCUGAUAGUGGAAGCCUAAUCUUUCAAGGAAAGCCAAAUGCAGACAGAACUGUCUCAAUAAUUGUAUGUAUAGAUAAAAUUAUAAAGAAGUUGAAAUUAUUUCAUAUCUAGUCUUAUUUUUACCAUCCAGAUAGAGCCAAGUUAAAACUGAAUGAGAGAGGACCCAUAGGGAAUUUGCUGUGAAUUUAAGAAGAAAUCUCAAAAAGAAACAGGUUUUGCAGAGAAAUUAUUCAUUUCCUUCGUUAGCUUUCUGAAAUAUAUAAAAUAACGACGUCAAACACCUAAAAUCAAGGACUUUGGUAUUUUCUUUACUUUUUUUUUUAAAUCGUAUUUUCUCUGCCUAAUCCUUGACCACUACAAUAAUCAAAUUAAAACAAAAAACAAAAAGAACAAAGAUUGUUAAUGUCUAACAGCAUUGUCAACCAUCACCGUGCAGAGAAAAGUAACCGGUGAACCGGCGGGAAGAGAGUCAUCAUAUUUCAAAAAAGAAGAAAAAAAAAAAAACUGCAAUUCAGAGCACUAAUAGCAAACAGUAGUAAAUUUCCAAACUUAAUGAUCCGUUAGUUCCUUUUUCCAUUAUCGUCAAGAAACAAGGAAUUAAACAGUUAUGGGGUUUGGCAGCAGCAAAGUUAUAGUAGCUAUUUUCUUACUAGCCUGUUUUUGUAUAGAUUUUCGUGCUUCUUCAAUAGAUACAAUCACAUCAUCUCAAUUUAUCAAAGAUCCUGAAUUUGUAGUCUCUCCAGGAAAUACCUUCAAAUUAGGAUUUUUCAGCCCAGUUAAUUCCACAAAUCGCUAUGUGGGUAUAUGGUACUAUGAAAAUCCUAUGUUUACUCCAAUAUGGAUAGCUAACAGAAACAAGCCACUCAAUGAUUCUUCUGGGAUUAUGAAAGUAUAUGAAGAUGGAAAUCUAGUAGUUUUGAAUGGAAACGGAGAGGUUCUUUGGUCAUCAAGUGUUUCAACCAGAGUUGAUAAUUCAAGUGCAGAGCUUACUGAUGUGGGAGACUUGGUAUUGCGAGAUAAUAACAACGGAAAUAUCAUAUGGGAGAGUUUCCAGCAUCCAGGAGAUUCAUUUGUGAGUAGCAUGAAGCUUACUGCCAACCAAAGAACACAAGAGAAAAUUUUGCUAACAUCCUGGAAAGAACCUUCAGAUCCAUCCAUUGGAAGCUUUUCUGCUGGUAUCGAUGUCUUUGAAAUUCCUCAAUUUUUCAUAUGGAAAGGCAAUCGUCCAUAUUGGAGAAGUGGGCAAUGGAAUCGUCGGAUCUUUAUUGGGGUUCCUGGUAUGUCUUCUGGUUAUCUUGAUGGUUUUCUUCUUGAAGGGGAUAGAAGUAGUGGAAAUUUUUCCUUUCGUUUCACUUAUAUAGAUAAGUCUCAUCCUAAUAUCUUUGUGCUGAGUCCAGAAGGAAAAUUGAUACAAAAAACGUGGACUAACAGUCCGAAGAGCUGGCAAAUUGAUUGGCAAACUCCAGAGAAUGAAUGUGAUAUUUAUGGCUUUUGUGGGGAGUUUGGUGUCUGUAAUCCGGAGAAUUCACCAGUCUGUAGUUGCUUGAAAGGGUUUGAGCCAAAAAAUGCUGACGAAUGGAGUAGGGGAAACUGGACUGGUGGUUGUGUUAGGAGCAGACUAUUGCAAUGUGAGAGAAUUAUAACUGGCGACGAAGCAGGAAAAUAUGAUGAGUUUUCGAAGCUGGAGACAGUUAAAGUGCCUGACUUGGCCUACUGGUCACCUUCCCUUGAACAAGAGUGUAAAGACAAUUGCUUGAAUAAUUGUUCUUGUAUUGCUUAUUCCUACUUUUCUGAUGUUGGUUGUAUGUCUUGGACUGGAAACUUAAUAGACAUACAGAAGUUUUCAAGUGGAGGGGCAGAUCUUUACAUUCGCCUCGCAUAUUCAGAACUUGAUAACGACAGAAACCUGAAAGUAAUUAUCGGCAUAGCAGUGGUUAUAGGAGUAAUUACAAUUUCCAUUUUUGCAUUUUUUAUGUGGAGGUCGAUGGCUAAGUAUAAAGAAAGGAGGAGGAAAAACAGGGAGAUGUUAUUAGUCAAUAGCAAUGAAAAUCAUCCAACAUUUUCGGAUGUAAACAUGCUAGUGGACAGCAUUGACAAAGUUAAGCUCCAGGAAUUACCAGUGUUCAAUUUACAGAAGCUUGCCCUUGCCACUGGAAACUUUGAUGUAGCUAAUAAGCUUGGACAGGGUGGUUUUGGUCCAGUAUACAAGGGAAAAUUGAAGUGAUAGCCGAGAAGGAUAGCUGUUAAAAGAUUGUCAAGAGCGUCCAGGACAAG